AGGGAUGGUAAGAGAACUGGUUGAAGAAGAGGGACAAUGAAACCUUCAACAGGAACAAAACCCCAUGAGGGUAACUGCGAUACUAUGACUAGUACGCUGGACCCAGACGAACAACUCCAGUUUCACUUGGAAAACAUCAGAAGAUCACUUGACGGCAAUGACAAAGCUUCCACACUCGACCUGAAAAACUUCAACCUAUCCGAACUGACUGCCACCCUCUUCAGCACUGACUCUGACACAAUGGAUCUCCGGACGGACUCCUUCAAUAGCCUCACCCUCGACGAGAACACGCUGGAUUAUAACAAACAUUCCAACACAGACAGUAUCCUAACUUCAGACCCUGACACGGGAACAGUCGCCUCCCUCUCAGGAGUGCAGCUGGUCAUGUCAGACAGCCCUGUAGACUUGAGGGACAAUACAUUUGACGUCAUCAAUUUUAUGGACAUGCCCGGUGAUAUCAUGGAUGACCUGGACGAGUAUCUGGACGGUGAGUUUGAUAGUCCCUACUCGACCCUGGAUACGCGGUCCUCGCUGUCUGUGCCCGGUGGUAGCCAGUACUCUACUUUAGACACUGCUUCCAGUCCCCACCAGAGAAUCGUGUCUCAACCCAUACCUACUGUAGACAGUCUCUCCCAAAUGAUGUUUGCAAUACCAAAUCAGAUGUACUCAGACCACGAGGACUCCCUUGAGCGUAUGACUACAAUUCCAAAUCCGAACCAGACUACCAGGUCUGCAAUUCCAAAUCCUAACCAGACUACAAGAAGCAUAACGUACGUGUCGAGCUUUAGUCUGGACACGAUGGAGAAGGGCGAGGAGGAAGGGGAGGAGCCAGGGGAUGUCAUGGAUGAUGUCAUAAGGAGUAUCGCUCCUGCAUCUUAUGAUGACUGUAGUUUAAAACUCAUUCAGACUCCUCAGAGUUCUUAUGGUGAUGGUAGUAUGACCAAACCUAUUACUUACCCUACUCUGCAUGGUGACCAAGUACGAACCCUGACUCCAGACAUAGAUCCACUAAUAUCUGAUAACCUGGACAAUGAUAACAAAGAUAAGACUAUUGAGAGUAGUUCACUUCCUAAGGAGCAUAAUAUCAAAGAAAACAGCACAAAUACCAGUUCGGGUGAACGAAAUGGAAUGAGCGCCGAAUCGGGCCAGCCUAAUGGACAUGAUGAUGAUGAGUCAGGUGCUCGUAAUAGAGCUGUAUCUGUUCCUAGCCGCCCCAGAGUUGGUUCGUACGUGGGCAAUCUUAUCAAAAGAUCGGUUUCCCAAUCAGGCAACCUUCAACGGUACUGUGCUAAUUUGACCUAUAAAAGAACUAGUUCCCAAUCAAGCGAUCAUAAAAGAGCUAGUUCUCAAUCAGGAGAUCUUAAAAGAUCUAGUUCUCAAACGGGAAAUGUUAAAAGAUCUAGUUCUCAAACGGGAAAUGUUAAAAGAUCUAGUUCUCAGUCUAGCGAUCUUAAAAGAUCCAGUUCUCAAUCCGGGGAUCUCAAAAGAUCUAGUUCUCAGUCUGGAAAUAUCAAAGGAUCUAGUUCUCAGUCGGGAAGCAUCAAAAGAUCUAGUUCUCAGUCGGGAAGUAUCAAAAGAUCUAGUUCUCAAUCGAGCGAUCUUAAAAAAUCUAGUUCUCAAUCGGGAAAUAUUAAAAAAUCUAGUUCGGGAGGUCUUAAAAGAUUUAGUUUUGCAUUGGGCGAUCUCAAAAGAUCUAGUUCUCAAUCAGGGGAUGUUAAAAAACUAAGCUCCCAAUCGGGAAAUAUUAAAAGAUCUAGUUCCCAAUCGGGAGAUCUUAAAAGUGGCCGAAGUACAGGCGCUUCAGGAUCUGGCCUUGUCCGCAGUAGAGCCGGUUCCGUGCCUAAUCGGCCCAGAGCUGGUUCGGACGCAGGUGACAUCAAAAGAUCCUGCUCUGCAUCUGACAAGAAGAGACCUGUCUCUAUGUUCUGUGAACGGUCCGGGUUCAAGAUGCAAGUUUCUAACCAUCCCAGUGAUCAAGAUGUCCGAGAUAGUGGGUUUGAUUCUCUGGAGAGCAGCAGCGUCACAAGUUCUCGUCCUCCCAAGCCGUCACGUGGAGUAAAGAGGGGAGCAAGAACAGAAAACAGUACUAUGUCCAGCACAGGUGGUGUUAGUGGGAACUCCUUGGAGGAUGUCAGUUGUCCUAGCUCCCCUGUAAUGAGCGACUCUUCUGAAAUCAGUCCUCCAAGACACAGCACGUCAAUAUCCUCGCUCCCGGACCUACCCUCCAGUAUAGGACGCAGUAGGAGUGUGGCCAGCAACUCCUCCGACCACAUCCUCACCACCCUGGACAGACCACGUACUCAGUCCUUUGCUGGUACUCCCAUUAGACAGGCCUGGUUACAGGUGUGUUGUUACGAACGAGACGCUCAGACCGGUAACUUCCUCAUUGACAAACACAAAGUUCAGAUAGACGGCAAGUUCCUCCAUCCGGAACUGAACAACGACCCUGAACUUUACAGGAUAUCGUUAACUGGUCUUGUUAACGAGGAGCGGCUUCCCAAAACAGAGAAGAUGUUGCCGGAGAUAGGAGACGGAGUUAUCAUAUCACGUGACCGGGCCACGGGGGAUGUUACCCUUACUAAACUCUGCCGUAAAGACGUAUAUUUGAUGAACGACAAUUUCCUGGCGCUGAAGGAAGAUGAGAAAUGCAAGGGAAAACAUGAAAAGCUCGAACAAAAUACCACCUACACGAUAUUUAACAAACAAAAGUUUGUGGAAGAUGUCCGGAAUAGUGCCAUCGACCUCACCAAGAUACAUACCAUCGGACAGGUGGCGAUAUCGUUCAUAAAGAUAAACGGUAACUCAGUAAAGGGUGUUCCUUGCUGGAUUAAAGUGCAGUGUCUCGAGGCUAUGAACCUACUUAAAAGAAUAAAGCCAGAGACAAGAAGAAGGCUCAAUACCAUAGCCGAGUGUUGAUAGAUCUGACUCGAUCAGUGUACUUCGCUUCGUGUUUACUGGCAGGAUCCACAUCAGAAGAAAGAGAAUGGCUGAGAAAACCCAGCUUGGAUUGCGCGCAAUCGCCACGUCGUGUCAGCAAAGCUCGUCUCUCAUUCGGUAAAAGUCUCAGCAAGGGCUCGCUCAAAGACUCAAAAUCCUCCGUAAACUCAUCAGACUCGGGCAACACGCCCAUACCACGUACCAAGUCAAAGUCUCAGAUGUUCAGGAACAAGAAAAAGUCCCAAGUUAGUAACGGUGCCAGUCCCGAGCCACGGUCUAACCGGAACAGCGGCGUAUCUCAGCACCUGGAGCCUUUCACGCUGAACUACGAUUGUUUGGAUGCAACGGAAGAGGCGCCGCCCUCUCGGGCACUGAGGGACAAUGAGCUGUUCAGAUCUCGGAGAAUAAGUUCGCCGCCCAAUAACCUGACGUCGGCAGAUGUGUCGCUGCCGCUGCGGCGGGACAGUCCCAGUUUACCCAACACUUGAGGGAGUGCGGGCUGUACUGUGUCGUACUGUUCCAGUAUAUACGUUGCUAUUUUGUAGAGUGUGGAAUGUUUAACCUCACAGGGACACUCAGAUCUCCAAUUUUAUCUAAAGUUCAAUUUUCUGGAUUUUGUAUUCGUGACCUCUCUCUCAAAAAAUCAAAAUUUGAAAUUCUUUCAAAUCAUUUAAGAACUCUCUGGAUAUUACCCGUACGGAUGUUUUGUGAGUAUUCGGAAAUAUUCGGGACAUCGCGAAAAUGUUAUGAUGUUUAUCAUUCUGGGUUGAUGUUAAAACUUUUUUUACUUUUGAUAUCUUUCAAAAACUUUUAUAUAUUAUUCUGUUUUGUGUCUUUUCGUUGCUAAACUGUCUAAAUUUAAUUUCACUGCUUAACAGAAUUUUGUUGGUACACGGUGAUGAGAGUAUAGCACCAGUUUUCGUUCUAGAAUUCUUGGUUGCCAUGCAUUAUAUUCAACAAAAUUAACAUUUUUCAAGAUUUUUCUUCGAUCUGAGCUAUAUUGUUAAAAGAUUAACUUACCGAUCAUGGAAUGUGAACUGUUACAUAUUCGCGUGAUCCAUUAUUUACUAAGAUCGAUUCAUAUUGUUUUGCCGAGAUAAUAUGUUUCGAAGGAGAUUAUAAGUGAUGAGAUUAUAAUAAGCGAUAUUAAUAGAAAUGAGAAAAUUGUCGACUUUAAGUUAUAUAUACUGUUAACAAUAAUUGCUUGUCAUUAAA